GAGUUUUCAUCAUCUGAAAAUUCAAAAUGCGGCAAUGAAAACUAGAAUUACUUGUGUUAUGUUUUAAUUUUACUCUUUGAUUUUAUUACCUUGGGCUUUUCUCUUAAUCUUGAGAUGAAUAUUAGUUUAACUAAUGAAUUUUGUUGAUGGUAGUGACAGUUUCGCUGUCACGUGUUCUUGAACUUUUUGAUUAGUUAUCUUUUUGUAAUGUACUAGAGUUAUGGUUAGGUAUAGCUAACUUCAAAGUUAGUAGAAAAGUAUUGGAUUUAAGUAAAGCAUGGGGUUAAAUAGAGAAUUACAAGUGUAGCAGAGAAGUCAGUAUUGUGCACUUUGCUCGUAUAUAGUUGAAUGAAUGGAAGAUUGCAGGAAUGGCUCAGGAGGAUGGAGCAUCAUCCGUAACUUCAUCACCUCUUCAGUUCUUUCCCUGGAUGUCACUAUCUCCAGGAUAUGGAUCACAGUAUCCAUGGCUUAGGGAGCUGAAAUCUGAAGAAAGGGGUUUGUACCUGAUUCAUCUUCUUCUUGCUUGUGCUAACCAAGUAGCAGCUGGUAGUGUUGAGAAUGCAAAUAUUAGCCUUGAACAGAUCUCCCACCUAGCAUCUGCAGAUGGUGAUACCAUGCAGCGAAUCGCUGCUUACUUCACAGAGGCACUAGCUGAUAGGAUUCUUAAAAAAGGUUGGCCUGGUUUGCACAGAGCCCUCACUUUCACAAAAAAAUCUUUGCUAUCUGAGGAAAUUCUUGUUCAGAGAUUAUUCUUUGAGCUCUUUCCCCUUUUAAAGCUUGCAUAUGUGAUCACAAAUCAGGCCAUUAUAGAAGCAAUGGAAGGGGAGAAAAUGGUACAUAUUAUAGAUCUCAAUUCAUUUGAACCUGCACAAUGGAUUGAUCUCCUUCAAAUGUUAAGUGCACGGCCAGAAGGUCCACCCCAUUUGAGAAUCACUGGUAUUCAUGAACAGAAAGAAGUUUUAGACCAAAUGGCUCUUCGGUUGACCGAAGAAGCUGAAAAGCUGGACAUCCCAUUUCAGUUCAACCCUAUUGUGAGCAAACUAGAGGAUCUAAACAUUGAAAGUUUGCGUGUCAAAACGGGUGAAGCUCUUGCUGUCAGUUCUGUACUCCAGUUGCACUCUCUGUUGGCAUCUGAUGAUGAAAUGCUUAAAGGAAACUCACCAUCAGCAUCAAAGAAUCCAAAUUCUAGCCACCUUCAGCGAGUCUUGCAGAUAAACAAAAACCAACGUACUUUGGGUGAAUUGCUUGAGAAAGAUUUAGUCCAUGUUUACAGUGCAAGUCCUGAUUCAGCAUUGUCCCCACUAUCUCUAGCUCCUUCACCAAAGAUGGGCUGCUUUUUAAGUGCACUUUGGGGUCUUUCACCAAAAUUGAUGGUGAUUACUGAACAAGAAUCGAAUCAUAAUGGUUUUACUUUAAUGGAGAGGGUCACGGAAGCCUUGAACUAUUAUGCUGCACUGUUUGAUUGCUUGGAGUCUACUGUAUCAAGAGUGUCAGUAGAGCGACAAAAGGUUGAGAAGAUGCUAUUUGGAGAGGAAAUUAAGAACAUCAUUGCAUGUGAGGGCACUAAUAGAAAGGAGAGACAUGAGAAGCUGGAGAAAUGGAUUUUAAGGCUUGAGAUGGCAGGGUUUGGGAGAGUUCCUCUGAGCUACCAUGGUAUGUUGCAAGCAAGCAGGUUGUUGCAGAGCUAUGGCUAUGAUGGAUACAAGAUCAAGGAAGAGAAUGGAUGUUUGGUUAUUUGCUGGCAUAGUAGACCCCUUUUCUCUAUAUCAGCUUGGAGAUUUAGGGGUAUGAUUGAGAGAUAUUGAAUGCGUGCAGAUUGCGCUUUUCUUCCUAUUUCAUGUAUGAAGGAUGUUCAGGUUUUUGUCUGUCUGCAAUUGCCAAGUGUUCCAUUGAAAAUGUUAAAAUAACUUCACCCUCUAUUUUACAUUUUUUCUGGACAUUUCUUACUCAUUUCCCCAUCUAGUUUCUUUUCUGUGUGUAUAAUGAUAAUACAGAUGAAAGCUUAUUUGUUUA